UUGUUAUUACAGACUUGUGAUCUUACCAAGAAUAUCAUAUAUUGUGCGAGGAAAAAAGCUGAAAAGAAAUUGGGAUUUCCUGUCCAUCUCUAGGACAUCCAGUUCUCAGACAUGCGCAGUGAUAUCUACUCACAAACUUUCAGAUUGAUGUUCAUUGUUUGAUAAUCAGAUGUUAAAUCGGACACCCCAUGGGGAGACAUUGCCCAAUCGGAGCUGGACGAAUCACUACGGAUAACCCCUAACACCAACGUCGCAAAGAAUAUCAUCCUGUUCUUGGGAGAUGGUAUGAGUAUCUCCACGGUAACGGCCUCCAGAAUACUUCAAGGUCGACAAAAAGGAGAACUAGGAGAGGCAAAUUAUCUAGCCUUUGAAAAGUUUCCAAACUCAGCUCUUAUUAAGACCUACUGUAACGAUCGCACAACACCCGACUCGGCAGCCACCGCCACCGCCUUCCUCUGUGGUGUGAAGACAAACUACCACACACUGGGGGUCAAGGACAAAGCGGUGCUAGGCAACUGCUCCUCGCAGUUUGGCAACGAGGUGGAAAGCAUACUGGACUGGUUCCAUGCAGACGGAAGGUCUACUGGUAUCGUAUCAACCUCAAGGAUCACGCACGCCACACCCGGGGCUGGGUACGCCCACGUGGCUGACAGGGACUGGGAGGGAGAUUCAGAAAUGGAGGGGGUGACUGGUGGGUGUAAAGACGUAGCUUACCAACUAAUCAAAGAAAACACGCACAUAAAGGUAUCAGUCAUUACUCAGAGAGUGAUUAAAAAAUCUACCAACCAAAGUAAACAGGUGCUCUUUGGUGGUGGUAGAUACUACUUCCUUAAAAAUACAACAGAUGACCCAAAAUAUGGAGCAAAAAACGUCGACAAACAACGGAGGGAUGGACUAGAUCUGAUAAAGGAAUGGCAGAAGGAAAAAAGAAAUCGCAAUCUUCGAGCAAGCUACGCAUGGAACAGACAGCAGUUACUAAAUAUAGAUCCUGUAAACACAGAUGUUGCGCUCGGUCUCUUCAAUGACGGCCACAUGAAUUUUGAAUUGGACAGAGACAAUUCUUCUAGUGGAGAACCCAGCAUAUCAGAAAUGACACAGAAAGCAGUCCAGAUUCUCCGAAAAAAUCCCAAGGGUUUCUUUUUAUUGGUUGAAGGUGGACGUAUUGAUUCUGCCCACCACGAUAACAAUGCCAAACGUGCGUUAUAUGACACUUUAGCGUUUGAGAAGGCCAUUAGGGGGGCGUUAGAACUCGUGAACGACAAGAACACGCUGGUGUUGGUGACAGCUGACCACUCACAACCUCUCAUCAUAGCGGGCUAUGCAUCACGUCACAACAGCUUAUUUGGUUACGUAGACAGGGUGAAAACAAAACAUAUUCCAAAAGAGGGAGUGUUGUGGACGACUUUGUUGUAUGGGAUUGGUCCUGGUUAUGACUGGGGUAACAGAAGCAAUAAAACGAUGGAACAAUUGGAAAGCAAGGAUUACAUCCAAGCAGCCGCCUCGCCGAGAGACUCCAGCACUCACGACGGACAGGAUGUGGCCAUUUAUGCACGUGGUCCAAUGUCCCAUUUAUUCAGGGGUGUACAUGAACAACAUUAUAUCAAUUACGUCAUGACCUACGCAUCUUGUGUUGGUCGACAUAAAAACAACUGUAUGUCUGAAUCUCGACUUACUAGCGCCGGAAGUGUCAAUGAAAAAUCAUUAUCGCUGUUAGUUGUAAUUACAUAUAUGUACGUGUUUUGAUUGAAAUAUACAGGGAUGCACACGUUGUUUACAAACUGCGUCUUCGUUCGUAGUCGUCGAAAGCUAAAAGGAAAAAAAAAUGGCCAAAUAUGGCAGUGUUUCUGGAACGUCAGUGUCUAGCAACGCCCUAUUGUAAGGGUGUUUUUGCUAAAACGCGGAACGGAAAACGGCCACGGAAAUCUAAAAGUUAGAAAUGCAAAUUUUUCACCAAGCCCCCCUAAAUAUGAUGAAUGUUGAACCAAAUCGAUUAACAGGUAAAACCACAGGAAUAUAAAUGAAACUAUGUAUACCUUUUCUACUGUUUAUUCACAUAUAGAUUUUUUGUGAAAUAAAUGUACUAUUUAAACUGCCUAAUAAAGAGUAUCUAUGAAAAAUACUCUGAUGCUUGUUUGGGAUUUUUAGGGGUAUUCAACAUAUCUUUUAUAUUUGCAAAAUAUUGUAGAUCUAAUGGCCAGAAAGAAAAAGAACUGGACACCUUCCAAUCUAAUUAAAAUCAGAUCUUCUCUAACAGUUACACCGGAGAAGGACGCGACGGUUAGAGAAGAUCUAAUUUUAAUAUUAGAUUGGGACACCUACACUAAAAAAAUGGGAUAGUAAAUCAUUAAGUUAAGCUCUUUAACAUGUUAAAGCGGGGAAAAGUUCAAAGCUCUGGAUAAAAUGUACUCGAUGUGAAGACUGCUACCAUGAAUUAUGAAUGUCAGCUGCUUACGUUUGUUUAAUUUUUGGAUUUGAAUAAAAGCCUUAUGUUUGGU